AGCACGAACCUCUCUCUGGCCAUGAGCUCGACGAUGCCACGCUAGACGCCAGCAUUCGUCUCCUCGCCGAGCUGAUUGCCCGAGACCCGGACGCGAACAACUGGUUCGAGCACCCGACUGAUCUCGGCCCCCGAUACGCCGAGGCCGACAUGCGCGCUCUCCUCACGACCUACAACUUGUCGCUCGAGAUGCAGGACUUGUUCGCCCACGUCGUCAUCAUCUUGAAACACUACGGCAAAGGGCCUAUCCUGACGCUCGCGACGCGCAAGCCGGAGGUUAGCCAGACGAUCACCCACAUGUCCUUUACGCUGUCGCCUCCUGGCGGCCGGCAAUACGUCGUCCCAGCGCGCUUGGCCUACGCGAAGAACUACUACGUCACGUUCCACGACCUCGCCGACCCGUUCUCGCAACGUGCGGUGACCAUGGCCCUCUUGAAGAUGACGCGCGACGUCCUCCACGGCUUCUGUCCGACAAUGCACGCCUGCGUCCACAGACGACAAUCCCCGCGGCACUGCUGCUUGGCAAAUGUGAGUCCGUUCGCGAGGUAG